UGCUUCAGUCAGUUGUCGGCGCACUUUCGACUAAAGCGCAUUGCAUGCGUGAUCUAAACAUCUGCAAGUCACACUAAAAUACUGUUACUUUUCUUGUUUUAUGUCCAUCAUUUUCUUUAACUUGGUGUAAUAAGCAAACUAACAACUUAAAACAAUGUUUGUGGAAUUGGGUAUUCUGGAUAAGAUACGACUCAGCUUUAAAACGAUUGGUUUUAGGAUUCAUCAAUUUCGGCAGACUACGAAGAUCUAUACUACAGUUCAUACAAAACUUGGCGCCGUUCGCGGCGUUACGCGCCAUACAAAUUGGGGCGGCAACUACCUUAGCUUUGAGAAAAUACCCUAUGGCAAACCCCCAGUGGGUAAGCUGCGAUUCCGAGCUCCAGAGCCAGUUGAACCAUGGGCUCACGAACUAGAUUGUACAUCGUCAGGUGAUAAGCCGUUGCAGAAGCACUCGUUGUUUAACUGGUCUGCCGGAACCGAGGAUUGCCUGUAUUUGAAUGUUUAUGCCAAGAAUAUUGUACCGCAGAAGCUGCGUCCCGUGAUGGUUUGGAUAUAUGGCGGUGGCUUCGAGAGUGGAGAGGCCACGCGAGAAAUGUACAGUCCGGAUUUCUUUAUGUCCAAGGAAGUGGUGCUUGUGACGAUAAACUAUAGACUAAGUGCUUUCGGUUUUCUUAGUCUGGAUGAUCCUGAGGUCAAUGUGCCUGGUAAUGCGGGGCUCAAGGAUCAACUGCUGGCACUGCGAUGGGUGCAACAGAACAUCGAUGCUUUUGGCGGUGAUCCCAAUAACGUGACUCUGUUUGGUGAGAGUGCGGGUGGAGUUUCGACUCAUCUGCUCUCACUCAGCCCGCAGUCAGAGGGAUUGAUUCACAAGACAAUUGUGAUGUCAGGCUCGGCGCUGUGUCCUUGGGCACUUGCACCGAGGAACAAUUGGGCACUUCGCUUGGCCGAGAAGAUGGGAUAUACGGGUCCUCCCAAGGAUAAGGCGAUCUACACGUUUUUGUGUGAUGCCAAGGGUGGAGACAUUGUCAAGGCAGCAGCGUUGGUCCUAAACAAAGAAGAGAAACACAAUCGCAUUUUCUUUCCAUUUGGACCCGUAGUGGAACCCUACACGACAGCGCACACUUUGAUUGACAGGCCACCAGUGGAGCUAAUGCAGCAGACCUGGAGCAAUCGAGUGCCUAUGAUGAUUGGUGGCACUAGUUUUGAGGGUUUGAUUUUCUAUGCCGAGGUGAAGCAUCGUCCGGCUACGUUGGACGAGGUGGGCAACUUCAUGAGCUUGCUGCCUCCUGAUUUAGAUAAAGAUCUGGAUCCAAAAUGGCGUGAAAAGUAUGCAUUCAGGUUGAAGGACGAAUACUUCGGUAAUAAGCGUUGCAACAUGGACAAUAUGAUGAAAUUCUUAGACCUUGAAUCCCAUCGCGAAUUCUGGCAUCCCAUCUAUCGUACAGCACUAUCUCGCCAGCAACACGCUAGUGCUCCCACUUAUGUGUAUCUCUUUGAUUACGACUCUCCACGAUGCAAUGUCGUACGCAAUGUUUAUUGCGGUAAAAGAGUGCGCGGCGUAUGUCAUGGCGAUGACGUUUACUACUUGUUCAACAGCUUUCUAGUAGAUCAAUCGACUGUAGGUUCACCCGAGCAUAAGGUUUUCGUGAACAUGAUCGAUAUUUGGACGAGCUUUGCAGCUAACAGCGAUCCAAAUUGUGAGAGCACCAAGUUCCAGAAGGUUGAUCCAAUCGGGAAUAGCAGAGAUAUAGAAACCCUCAAUAUUAGUAAUAUAAGUCGUAUAACGACGUUGCCAUGUCUGUGGCAGGUGCAGCUCUGGAAUAGCUUUUAUCGCAAGAAAUAACAUUAAGUUCUUCUUAUCAGACCAAUACAUUUGUAAAUUAAUAAUUUUGAAAUUCAUUUGUUGUACACAAGGUUUGGUUUAACAGCUGUCAAUAUUCGGAAAAAUUAAACAAUUAAAUAAAAUAAACAUUUCCAACAAUAA